AUGCUGAUUCUGACCUUGAUUCUUCGAUGCCCCUACUCAGAGACUGAUGAUUCAGGGGAUGAACUACAGAACAUCUUAGAUAGUGACCAGGCUUAUGAUAAUGGGGUGUUAUAUCCUCCAGAACACUACCUUGCGGAGGCCAGCCAACUAGACGUAUCUCGGCUUCGACAGCAGAGAUACAGUCCAAAGACACUGAAGAGGCUAGAAGAGGCAAGGGGCUAUUGGGAUCGAUAUUGUCUGUUUCAGGGCCGGGAUCCAGCCAGCUGCUUUCACUCAUUGGCCACAGCAGAGGAGAUUGUCCGGUACCUCAAGGGGCUUUUCAGCUGGCGCUGCGACCUACGGCGAGGCAAGAAUGGACGACACACACCUGGCAUCCGAUAUAAGAGUUCAUUAGAGACAUUCUGGAAAUGCUGGCAUCUUGUGUAUAAGCAAGAAACCGGGAAUGGCCUCGCUCAAGAAACCAUCAGACAGAUCGAAGAUGUUCUCGGCAUCAUUGCAGAAGAAAAAAAGCUUCUCCUCGUUCGCCGACCAAAGGCGACGAUGUAUAUUGAGGAUGUAGCAGAGUUCGCCCGAGUACUUCUAGCAACGACGGAGAUGACAUUUGUAAGCGGCUGGCUACGAAUCCAGAUGCUCCUCUUCUGUCAGCUAGCAGCAAUCACGGCAAGCCGACCACAGGCAUUGCUAGACCUUCGAUAUCGCCAUCUAGAGCUAAGGCUGAUUCGUGACCCAGAUGGUGGCCGACCUAGGUUGUUUAUCUACCUAACGCCCGAAUUUACCAAAACGUUCCUUGGGAAAAAAGAACCGUACGAUCUAAAAUUAAAGGAUGAGCUCCUGGAUCGAUUUGUGUUCUGCCAGGCAGUCCAGGAAGCACAUGGAGUUCGCCUUGCCUUGGAAAAACAGUUAACGGCAGCGAGCGUCCGCUAUCGCAUGAAGCGAGCAGGCGAGAUCACAGGUUUUGAGCAGGUUACAAAGCCGUACUGUAUUCGAUACGGAUCGGCUAAGGCGUUUAACGAUAGUUCGGAUGUGACCAACGAGCUCCAGAAUGUGAUGUUGCAGCACAGUAACAUCAACACCUUUGUGCGGCACUAUAGUGUUGGCAUACAUGUCGACGCCCAAGCGAUUGUCCGCGGCCUCACUCCUCAAACGAAGCUGAUGCGUUUUGCUUGCUCAAUGAGCCGGUCGAUCGAUCCUCGGCGUCCCUUCAAGCUGACGAAGGAACAGUCUGAUUCCGUCAAUGAAUUAGACUGCGUACGUAUGCUACAGGACAAGGUUAACGAGCUGUGGAAGUCUCGGGACCAGCGCUGCUACGAAUAUGAAGAGGCUAAACAACAAUUCGAACAGGCUCUCGACGACACAAAAGAUGAUAUACCAUGUCAGAAAUGUAGCAAUGAGUACGACGGAUCCCUCGAUACCAACCUAAAACGCCAGAAUCGUCGAUGUACCUACUGUAAAUUGCGGAAACGUUGUAAACGAGCAGAAGUGCAGCACAAACGUGCGGGUCAAGCUUAUCAACGUACUCUCCGGGAAUUGCAGAGUGAGAAACGGCAACAACGCAAUCGUAUGGUGCGGGAAAACCUUGAGCGGUACAAGAACGACCAACCGGUGAUCGAUAGUGAAAGGCAACUUUCAGGCAAGAUGGUGGAUGAAGAGGUGAUCGAUGUACUACAGCGGUCAGGGUAUAUGACGCCACAGCACCUUAUCCUGAUCGACACAGUCCUCACUAUACCAGCGACCACGGUUGAGGCCGAGUACCGGCGGCGAAUAGCUGCUAUCAACGCGGUGACAGCAUUCUGUGACGUGGAAGAGGGCGCCCCUUCUCAGAGGACAAUCUGCCUGCCGAAAAAGCGAGCCGCUCCAGAUGUAGCUUCUUCCACGCACAGCAAGAAACAGAAGCACUCCCUGGAAGAUGAAACUGCUGUCGUUCUCCGCGAAGCUAUCGCAUCAGUGCAAGUAGAUUCACCGGAUCAACGGCCGGAGAUCUGUUUCCUCUGUGUUGGAAAUCCUAACCUCCAGCUAGCCAAGAGGACCAAGAAGUACCAUGACCCAGGGUCUCUAACUAGGCAUUUUCGGCGAAAGCAUGUUGACCGCCUUGGGUCAGGGUUCCGAGGUUCUCAAUGCAAUGUUUGCGGUGUAAUUCUGGAAAAUAAGAUGCAUCUUAUGAAUCAUGCAGAGUCUAAGCAUGGUGCUGUUUCGCGGACGCCCCUGUAAUUUCCAUAUAUAUAAUUCCCCAUUUGAAGACUAUUAAAGCUAUUAAUAU